UUUUUCUAACUAUCGUAGUUUGUUUAAAAUGAGUUGGGUAUUUCUCCUACCCAUCAGUAAUUAUCUACUGAUAACUAGUAGGUAGGUAGUUACCAAGGACAUUGCGUGUAAUACAGCUCUGGAGCCUCUGGUAACCUUUCACGAACCGCUAGAGGUAUCACUAAGAAGGAGCUAGCAGCAGCUAGCUACACCACUAUAGUUCCGAACCGAGUCCCGCUAUAAACGCCUGUACCGACCCGGUGCGAACGAAUCUCCAAACUCCUCAUUAAAUUCCGAGACACGCAAAUCAUCUAAUUCUCCGUCAACCAACACGCAGCAGCCACACAAGCAAGGGGGCCUCUCUAUCCUGAUUCCUCAAAGUCCGAGCGCCUAACACAACAAAAUAAAGAAAUAAGAGGAAAAAAAGAAAGCUGGAGAUACGGAGAAACUCCCAAUCCUAGAAAUGUCUAGCACCGCCGAGACCAACCCCUCUCUGCAGCGAUGGCGCGUGACGGAGCCGUACCUGAACCUGCACUGCGGGCUCGGCGAGGGUCCGUAUUAUGAGUCCGCAACACACCAUCUGCGCUUCGUCGACAUCAAGAAAAAGCGUGUGCACAUCGUCGACCUCUCCAAACCCAAUCCUGAGUCCGCGGUUGAAACCAUCCAACUCGACACCCCGGUGACGGUCACAGCGGACAUCGACGGAACUGAUCCCCGCGAGCGCAUCGCCAUCGGCGCCAAAUACGGGGUCGCGGUGCUGGACCGGCGUUCCGGGAAGUACGAGUAUGUCUCACGCUUUGGCUCUGCAAGUGAUGGUGGUAGCGACGACGAGCGCAUACGCAGCAACGACGGCGCCAUCGACCCCCACGGCCGCUUCUGGCUCGGGACUAUGACCGACAUCGGUCUAGACCUUCGACCUGAAGGCUCCCUCUUCCUCAUCAACGGCACCACGCGCGCGGUGCAAUCAAUCCGGCACCCAGUGACGAUCCCGAACUCAAUCGGGUGGUCGCCGGACCAGCAGACGCUGUACUUCACGGACUCAGUCGCGCGGACGAUCUUCGCGCGGACAUACGACGCGCGCACCGGCGACGUCUCCGCCGAGCGCGUCUUCUACGUGCACUCCGGCCCCGGCGAGCCCGACGGCCACCGCGUCGAUGUCGAGGGGAACCUGUGGCAGGCCGUGUACGGCGAGGGGCGCGUGUUGAAGAUCUCGCCUGAGGGGAAGUUGGUAGGGGAGAUUACGCUGCCGACGAGGAAUAUCACGUGUCCGCAGUUCGUGGGCACGGAGUUGUUUAUUACGACUGCGGGGAUGGAGGAGGGGGAGGGGACGCCGGAGGAGGUUGAGCUUAGUGGUGCGGUGUUUAGGGUUGAUGUUGGUGUGAAGGGGUUGGAGCCGUAUUUGUUUAAGUUGAGUUAGGGCGAUGGAGAUGUUUAAGUAGGAGCUGGUAUGGGACGUGAGAUGAUGUAUUUUCACUUGUUGCUCUAUAGGUACAUAAUGUAUAUAAGACCGACACACCAAUAUCAAUAUCAAUCUCAAUCAAAU